AUGGCAGACGCAGCAGCAACCCUUGGCCUAGGCAAGGCUCUCCCCGUCACCGGCACCUUCAGCAUCCCUCUCGUUGUACUCUCCUCCCUACUCUCCCUCAACGCAGCGAAGACGCGCGUGGACUGCAACACCUGGCAGGGAGACCAAGCCAUCACCAAGGAUGGCAGCAAGCCCGCUGGCGUUAAGUCGCCUGAUGGCAACACCUACGACCCCCUCCUCAUUGCGACCCGAGUGCACGCGAACAUGAUGGAGAACCUCCCUAUCACUCUGCUUUUGGCAGGGCUGGCUGAGCUCAACGGAGCGGACAGGAAGAAGCUGUCGGUUGUAUUGGCGGCCUUCUCGGUUAUGAGGAUCUCCCAUAUUGUUGGCUUAUUCAAGGGUAGCCAGCCUGCAAGAGCCCUUGGCUUCUUCGGCACCAAUAUCGUGCAGCUGGGACUGGUUAGCUGGCUGGGAGUCCUCACUAAGGGUUACUGGGGCUACUAG